GGCCCCUGCUACAUACUUCAAGCAUAUCUGCAAGCAAUGAGAACAUGGCUGCUAUUAACGAUUGUGGCGGUGGGAGCGAGCUUAGCUAGCAUGCUCGACAGCAACUGCAGGGGUGCAAUGGGAAACCGUGACAUGUACAGAAAGGUGGAGCGUGUUUGCGAGGACUGCACCAAUAUCUAUCGGUUACCACAGCUGGAUGGUUUAUGCAGAAAUCGAUGCUUCAAUAAUCAGUGGUUCCUGAUGUGCCUUCACUCGGCCAAGCGGGAGGCCGAACUCGAGCAUUUCAGACUCUGGAUCAGCAUCCUCAAUGCCGGCCGGCCAUGGUGAUCCUUUGUUCUGUCAAAGCGUCCUACGCGCCCCAGCCUCAGUCCUGAUCAGGGACACCUGACAGGACGCUGACAUAGCUCUCGAGUCUCCCCUUGCGCUAUUAAACAUGAUCAUUGGAAAUAGACACCUCUUGGCCGAUUCUGAUGCUUCGAUGCCUUGGCUGUAUUCCUUUAUGAAUACCUUUGGGAGUGGAAAGGUCCUACUCUCAGUGUAAAUGAAGGGCGUAUUAUUGUAUUCAAGGAAGUCUUUGUAUUCAAGAAUCAUAUUUUAAUUUCAUCUUUCUUUUCACUUCUAUAGUUUUCAAUUUUGAUUCCUCUCCUUGACUUGUUUUCCUUGGUCUCAGGUCCCUGUUUUUAAGGGGAACUGAUUGGGAAAUAAAAUUUGAAGAUGGCCCUCUAAUGCUUUGUGUUGAAACAUUGCGCACUUCUGCAUGUUUAGCAUAUCUUGUGUAUAUUCUUUUUUUGUCA